GACGCUUAUGCUCUUCCCGUCGAAUUAGAGUUUCUUUAUUUUUCUGUUUCUCAUUUCUUUCAGAGCUCGCAUCGUUAGGGUUGCAAUUCGAGGAUUUCGAUAAUGGCGUUGGAGAAGGCUAAACAGAUUGUGGCUUCCAAUCCCGUCGCCGUCUUCAGCAAGACUUCCUGUCCUUACUGCGUCCAGGUGAAGAGAUUGUUGACUGGUCUGGGAGCCAAUUUUAAGGCUGUUGAAUUGGAUACUGAGAGUGAUGGAAGUGAGAUUCAAGCAGCACUUGCUCAGUGGACUGGACAGCGGACCGUCCCCAAUGUGUUCAUAGGUGGGAAACACAUUGGUGGCUGUGAUGCAACAGUAGCACUGAAUAGUAAAGGGGGGCUGGUUCCUCUCCUGGCUGAAGCAGGAGCGACUGCCAAAGUUUCUGCUUAGAAGGAGUCUGAGUUACGUUAUUACAUAGUUCAAUUGGAUGAAUAAACCUUCUACUUGUUGUUUCUUGCUCUACUGUUGGCAUUUCUACCCUAAAAAAAAUGCUUUCUGAGUGGACCUUUUAGUAGUUCGUUGGAAUAACUGGAAGGAACCCGUGCUUCCUUUGCAUCUAAUGAUAAGUAAUUAGUAUGCCGAAAUUUUCU